AGGAGUUGAGUUCCCUCCACAUCUAUCCGAAACAAAAUUCCCUCCUUCCUUCCUUUCAUUCCCUCGUUUUCUGCUCUUACGCGCCCCUUCCCCUAACUUCCUCUGUUCUCUCUCUCUAAACCUCAACACUUUCUCUCUCUAAAACCCUAAAACUUCCUUUUCUUCCAUUUUCCCGCCAAAUUGUCAUUCCCACUCUCCGAAAACUGCGAUCGCCUCUUUUCUCUUUUCCUCUUCGCCGCUCCAUGUCCGGCGGCGCUGGACCUCCGCCGCAGCAUACCAAGCCGGAUGAUUCCGGCGUCCCUAUCCGGCCUCCGUUAAAGCGCCACCUCGCAUUUGCGUCGAUGAAGCCGUCGUUCGCUCAGCCGGAUGAGUACCAUAGCUUCUCCUCCUCCUCCGGUGCUCCUGACUCCGGCAGGAAACUCGCCGCCGAUCAACAGGCUGAAGUCGUUGUUGUUAGAUCUCCGCACAUUAAGAGGAAGGGUGGAAUGACUAAUAUUGAAGGAGACUCGCAAAAGCUUAGUAAUGUUCCUGGAUCAGCAAACGCAGCAAGUAGUCCUUUCAAAACUCCAGUGUCGUCCAAAGGGGGAAGGACGCAUGCUAAGUCAAAGGUUUCCAAAGAAGGAAUGCAAUGCCCUCAGACUCCCAUCUCCAAUUCUGGUUCCCCAUCUCCUCUUACUCCUGCUGGAAGCUGUCGCUAUGACAACUCCUUAGGUAUGUUGACAAAAAAGUUUGUCAAUUUGGUAAAGCAUUCAGAAGAUGGCAAUCUUGACCUAAAUCAAGCAGCAGAAACUUUGGAGGUGAAAAAGAGGAGGAUAUAUGACAUAACUAAUGUUUUGGAAGGCAUUGGUCUCAUUGAAAAGAAGCUCAAGAACAGAAUACAUUGGAAGGGAACAGAAUCUUCUUCCGGUGACGUGGAUGGUGAUAUCUCGAUGCUUAAGGAAGAAGUUGAGAGACUCUCCUUGGAAGAGCAUAGAUUAGAUGACCGAAUAAGGGAAAUGCAAGAAAGGCUUAGGAGUUUGAGCGAAGAUGAAAAUAAGCAGAAGUUCCUUUUUGUGACUGAAGAAGAUAUUAAGGCCGUACCUUGCUUCCAGAAUGAAACCCUGAUAGCAAUUAAAGCUCCACAUGGAACCACCCUAGAAGUCCCUGAUCCUGAGGAAGCUGUUGACUAUCUGCAGAGGAGAUAUAGGAUCAUUCUUAGAAGUACUAUGGGGCCCAUUGAUGUUUACCUUAUCAGUCAAUUCGAAGAGAGAUUUGAAGAGAUAAAUGGUCCUGAGCCCCCUGUGAGCCUCCCGCUUCCUUCGAGUUCAGGGUCCAAUGAACCACCAGUGGCAGAAACAGUUCCUGCGGAGUGCAGUGCAAAAGGACUAGAACCUCAACCUCAGAUCCCCUCUCACACGUACUCUGAUCUGAACACAUCACAAGACUUUGGUGGGGGCAUGAUGAAGAUUGUCCCUUCAGAUGCUGAUAAUGAUGCAGAUUAUUGGCUUCUAUCAGAUGCUGACAUUAGCAUAACAGAUAUGUGGAGAACAGAUUCUAGUGUUGAUUGGAAUGGAGUAGACAUGCUUCAUCCCGACUUCGGAAAUAUCCCUAGGCCUCAAACUCCAUCAUCUGGGAUCGCUGAAACUCCAUCCACUGUAACUAAUCCUAAUCAGAGGUGAUUAUAUUAGAGACAACGGUUAGCUUUCAGCUAUUGCACAGAGAUAAUGUACUAAAAUAGAGUAGUUGCUAGCCUUGGGAAUAUGAGGAUGCUCGUUAGUUGUUGAAUGUCAAGAUGCGAAUUGCUGAAAUACUUCAUCGAUGUCAUGACCGUCUGCUAUAACUUAUAACUAAACUAGUUACGGACGAUAUACUAUGCUCAUGGAGGAUUCAGCAAUGAAGUAGAGUGGUGACAGCUGGUAAUUAUUACAGCAAAUGUUGCUACUUUGCCAAAUGCAAACUUAGGUAGACUCCACAAUCAUAAUCUGGUUAUAUGAUUGACCAUGUUUAUCAAAGUCUGCGGCAUCUUGGGUCCAAUUUCUCAAUAGAACAGAGGAACUAUGUAGAUGCUGAGAGCAGACAAAACUGCCAACAGUGUCCUGUUAUUAUGGUAGGAUAGGUCCAUCAUUCUUGCUGUUUGUAAACAUUGCAUUAACAGUGGCGACACUAUCAUAUCAAACAUUUCCCUCUACAUUGGUCUUCAAUUCAUUUCUUCAUUAAUUUAUUUUUUAUAUGGAUGGUGAUUGCUGAACUCAUUGGAGCUUUCUGGAAACUAAUAAAGCACACCUGGGGAUGAAGACGUUCAAUUAUUGGAAUUGUAGCUUCAGGUAUCUCUAACCUAAGCAAAACACUGAUUUUCAAACUGCAGUAAUGGUUAUGGCCCAAAUCUUUUAUUGUUUCUUGUUA